AUGCGGCCCAAACGACGGGUCCAGCUUCACCACCGCCGCCCUCAAGAUGUCUCCCCCUCAAAGACGUCCUCGAGUUUCACCACAAACAAAAAGAACGUCUCAUCUUCCCGACGGUUCCUGAGGACCCCCAAGUGUGCCCGGUGUAGGAACCAUGGUGUGGUGUCCUGCCUCAAGGGCCACAAGAAGCUGUGUCGCUGGCGAGACUGCCGCUGUGCCAACUGUCUGCUGGUGGUGGAGCGGCAGAGGGUGAUGGCGGCCCAAGUGGCACUUAGAAGGCAACAAGCAUCUGAGAAUAAAGAUCAAAAUCAAGUCCAAUCGACGCCCUCAUGUGUCGACUCCCCGGGGACAACAGGUGAUUUUCCUUCAGUUGGCGGAGCUCAGCAUGAGUCCCCUGCCACUAUAGCUGCCAGGGCUAAGCUUAAGUCUGCUGAAGCUUUACUGGCGCAGAAGAGGUUGUACCAGCGCCACCUGAGGUCCCUGCAGCAGUCAGCGCUCGCCAGGGAUCUUAUGACGAACCUCCGGCAGCGUCUCGGGCGGGAGUGGCGGGUUCCUCCUUACCUCAGCGAGAGACAACGUAAACGUCGAGCCUUCGCUGACCGGGACCUGGAGACCGUCAUGUUACAGCGUGAGUCCGUUCUAGCCCAGACCGCCCAGCUCGCCGCCCACCCCACCCACAUACCCCAGGAGUGGAUGGCUCACGUGGCUCUCUUACCAGUUCAUCUUCAAGAAGCUCUGAGGUUACACCCACAGCCAGCCCAGGCGCUACUGCAGCUGGUGAUAGAGGCGUGUGGUGGCGACCGAGAGAGAGCCCUUCAGUACCUGGCCACGCCCCCGCCCAUAGUCAGUCAGCCCGUCCUCAGCCACACCGCCCAUGAAGGGUGCGGAGGAGUCGCCAGCGGGGUGCAUCUAGCUCAGGAACUACCAUCACGGUUCCUUCAAUUGUCUCUGGCCGCCGCCGCCACCUCCACACCACCGACCACCACACACUCCCUCUUCACAGCUUCCUCUACCUCGGCGUUUAAAGCUGUUGGUCGAGACUCUAGUCGAGAAUCACCGUCUUUGUCGUGCUCGUCGCCGCCCACCCGACCACCACUAACACCCAGCCCUCAAGAACAAGAGAGAAUGGAUAGUCCGCCGUCAGCCUCACCAAACAACCUGAAACUGAAGAUUAACACAGCAGGGAAGACAGCUACUACACCCUCCUCAGUGUCUGUGUCUUACCCGUCCAUACUAAUGACUCCAGAGUUCCAGCCCAUCUCUCCUUCUCACACCCUCAAGUCGUCACCAUCAUCCACUGUUCCUCGUGCUAGAUCUUCCCCCAACAGCACCGCGCCCUGCCAUCCUGCCCUGUCCAAGAUAACACCUGCAGACGACGACUCACACGACCACACCACCUACCCGACCCCCAGGAAGGCAGUUAUCUCCUUCUCUGUGGAAUCCAUCAUCGGGAAGCAGAUAUGAGUCCAGCUCAGUGUAUAGUAUAGGACCUGUAGUAACAAUGACACGGGAGUUAUUCACUCAAUAAUCUCCUAUACAUCAGUAGUUUAAUUUAAUAGAUUACGACAUUACGUAAGAGAGAAUAUGCGGUAAUAGAUGUGACAGUUGUUAUUGAGAAUUAUAAACUAACAACAACACAACAACAACAACUAUAAUAACCCAUUAUACAAAAGACACUAAUCUUUUUUUUUCGGGGGUGGAGAAGAGAAGAGAGAGUACAUAGAAAGGCAACAGCGAUCAUUGUUCACAAGAUGCGAGGCUACACACCAUCAGUCAUGUAAUGGCUGAUGGUCUAAACAUAUUUAUACAAAAAAAAUAAUAAAAUCGCUUGAGAGAGACAUAACAAUAAUACGCCAUGAAAAAAUAAUAAUAUAAUUUAGUGAAUUUCUUUUGUGUUUAGAGUAAAAUUAUGAAACGAAAUCAAUGGAAAUCUUGACUGGAGUGAAGGAACGUUAGAAUAAUGAAAGGGAUCACGAAUAUCUAUAUAAAAAAACACAUACAAAUCUUUAAAAAAAAUUAGAAAUAUUAACAAAAAUGGAAGAGAAUUAACAUAGGAGUUUAUAAACGUUUUAAACUCAACAACUAUACUAUACAUCCACUACAGUUAUGAUUAUGUAGUUAGUGCGGUUAAGUUCAUGUCAGAAGGUCAACAAGAGAUCUUUUGAAUGUGAAGUAAAGAAAUUUCUACUUCCUGUUGCAGUUCGCCUCUCUGUCGCCUCUCUCUCUCUCUCUCUCUCUCUCUCUCUCUCCCUCCCAUCAGCUGCACUGUCACCAAUUAAAGCCUUUUUUUGUGCACAAGUGGUGGAAGUGGUAAUGUGUGGAGACUGACCCCACACACACACACUCACUCACUCAUACACACACACACAGUCAUACAGAUACAUACAGUCCUCACAUACACGCACUCAUUCAUACAGACACAGACAUACACAUAGUUCUUACGCAUAUACACACUCAUACAUACACACACACACACACACAGUUCCCUCAGUCAUAAUACAAACCGUAAUUUUCACGUUACAAUUUUUACUGCACGACAUUACUGUUUAUUUAUGCAUGACCCGGAAAUAAAGAAAUACUUGAUUGUUUUGAUAUACUUGACUUUAUUUAAUAUAUCUGACUUAAUACGUUAUGGACGACUGAGAUUUAUAGUAAUUACGUUUAUUAUUAUAGUGUGUAUUGUGGGUUAGUAUCUAGCAGUUGAUUAUACAUACAUACAUAUAUAAUGAUCCUCUAAAUAAAGAAAUGAACGGUAUAAACCCAGGUAUUAAAAUAUAUAUUAAAAUUAUCACUUAUAUUUAUCUUCAAUAUACCAUCAGUUAUUUAUAUUAUCAUUAAAUAAAUAAAUAAAUAAAAAUCACUCAAAAUUAUCAGAUUGAAAAAUAAUAUACGAUGUUUUUUUCAUGUUUUAAUAAAAGCUAAAAUAAAGUAUUGUAUAAUAUUGUAUAAUCCACUGUAUAUAUGGUAACCCUUUAUCUAUCUAUCUAUCUAUCUAUUUGUCUGUCUGUCUGUCUAUCUAUCUAUCUAUCUACCUG